CUCUAUCCGACAAAUGACAGCCUUAGAUACCGAACCUUAUUAGUCGAACUACGAUCAUCUAGCGUUGGCAUGGUAACCUCACAUAAUCGUGGCACGCCAGAACUACACAGUGCACUUUUACAGUUGGAAAACUAUGGCAGCCAAGGGACCAAUCAUGAUACGACAAAACAACACGAUAGCAAAAGAAAAGAACAUUGGCAAACCGAUGAUGAAGAUGACUCAGGCGAUCAGAACGCAGUAGAGGAUAACCAGGCUCAUAGUGAUUUGAACGACUGUGAUGACGAUCGCAACACAGCUCCUGUUCUCACCGAUAUAUUCAUCAAGCCAGAAGCAACUAUAAAUCCAACGUUUGACAAUGAAAUCAUGGAGUACGAAGUUGUCUUUCCUUUUUCCGUCAUGAUGAUUAACCUUUGGGGAACGACUUCGACUUGCUGGUCAGCAGCAGCUGUUAACAGUAAAUCAAAGCCAUCCAAAGAACCUGUGAGUUACUAUCUCGGUGUUGGUUGGAAUGAGUUUAUUAUCUUCCUUCUCCACCUUUCUAACCGUCCACCAGCCGUUGUUGCUACAUAUAAAAUAAAUAUAUAUCGACAAACACGAAACGAACGCAGAAAACAGUUUGAUUCCCGUUCGCCCCAUGAAGUCUGCACACUAAAACAGGACUGCGAUCUAAAGAUAUUCCCAGAGGUGCCUUGCGGCCCAAAAAGAUUGUUUCAAAAUUCUUUCAACAAGUUUCAGCUGGAUAGGAAAAGGUUGCCAUUUUGCACAAAUGGUUAUGCUCCAG